AGGAGCAUGGUGCGGGCGCGUAUUUCAUAAUACUGGCUGCGCCUCUGCGCGCUGGAUCGUGGACGGAGACUUCAGAAGGAUUCGAUCUGCUGCUGGCUUCAGCAGGGAUGUGAACUUGUUUGUGUUCAUCUCUCUCCGAUACGCGAAUAGUUCAAACAAACAAAAAAAGGAUAUGAGCGCUCAGGGACUGCUGAGCAGCGUUUUCUCCUGCUCGCUGAGCCCCAGAAGYCUGUCCAAGAGGAAGCUGAGACAGACGAGGAGCUUGGAGACGACGCUGAUGCGGCACUCUGGUACCGAGGCUGAGGAGACUCCGUGUAAGGGUGACUUCACCUGGAACAGCACACUGGGACACAGCGUCUGCCUGAAGCCGGUCCCCCUGCAGAGCCUCUCAGAGUUGGAGCGGGUUCGUCUCCAGGAAGUGGCCCUCAGGCGACUGGUUCGGUGUCAUGACCUGGGUUGCCACAUCACUAUCCCUAAAGAUGGCCACAAGCACAAGACCUUCCUUAAGAAGAAGUUGGAUUCGUUAUCUAAAGAGAAGAGUAAAGAUAAAGAGACCGCUCCGCAGGUGUUCGGCGCACCGCUGUCACAUGUCAUAGCCAACGACCGCUUACACAAACGGCAUGACCAGCUGCGGGAGGAGCCCAGUAGCCCCACUGAAUUGAUGCAAUCCUUCCUUCACCUGUCCUCUAGCUUGAAGAAGACUAACAGGGAGCUCUCCAGCAGCAGCUCGUCUCUGAGCUCCACCUCUGAGACCCUUAACGAAUCUCCUCUGCCCAGCACAGCAGACACAGCCCCGUGGACGCAGAGGAGGGGCGGUGUGUCUGUGGAUUGCAUCACUGACCUGGAUGAUAACCAGUCUCGGCUCUUGGAGGCCCUUCAGCUGUCGCUGCCGGACGAGACGGCCGGUAACCGAAAGAAAGCCCGCGACAAAAAGCUCAGCCUCAACCCGAUUUACCGACAGGUGCCGAGGAUAGUGGAUCUCUGCUGCCAGCACCUGGAAAAAUACGGCUUGCAGACUGUUGGAAUUUUCCGCAUCGGGAGUUCCAAGAAAAGAGUACGACAGCUUAGAGAGAAGUUCGAUCAGGGCUGGGAGAUGCACAUUAAUGAGGAGCAAAGUGUCCACGAUGUUGCUGCUUUGUUGAAGAAAUUCCUCCGAGACUUGCCUGACCCACUGUUGACAAGGGAACUCUACACAGCCUUCAUCCACACAAUGCUUCUGGAUUAUUCAGAGCAGAAGAACGCCAUCCAGCUCCUGGUGUUUCUGCUUCCUCACUGUAACAGCGACACGCUGCAGAGCCUCCUCUCUUUGUUGUCCACUGUGUCCAAACAGGCUGAGGACAGUGUGGACAGUGAGGGGCAGCAGAUAUCAGGAAACAAGAUGACAUCUCGCAACCUAGCCACCAUCUUUGGGCCCAACCUGUUACACAAGCAGAAGAACUCAGACAAAGAGUUUGCAGUCCAGAAUUUUGCUCGGGCAGAACAAAGUACAGCCAUUAUCAGUGUUGUYCAAAGGAUGAUUGACAGCUAUGAUAUGCUAUUCAUGGUUCCUGCAGACCUGCAGAAUGAGGUGCUGAUGAGUUUGCUUGAAACGGAUCCGGAUGUUGUGGAUUAUUUGUUAAGAAGGAGGGACUCUCAGUGCUCGGAGUCAGACCUUCUCAGACCUGAGGAUUCAUUCUCUCUGACUGAGAGAUCUCUGUCCAAUGACUCUCUUAAAGCAUCCAGUGGAGAGGUGUCCCCUUAUGACAAUAACUCCCCGGUGCUAUCAGAUCGACUGCUCUGUAAAUACCCAGAGGACAGCAGUGUAAUCUCGCACAGAGUUCCCCGACAUCCCAGGCAGGAUGAACUCAGAAGCCGUUCAGAAGGUGAACUGAGCAGCACUUCUCCAACACUCCCCACUGACAAAGAGGCCUCGGCUGAUUGUUUCUGGGACACCUGGCAUGAGCUGUUUGAGAAGGAUUUUAUUGGCUGUCACUUCACCGGCUCUCUCAGAGACGCAUCAGAAUGCGACUCGUACGGCUCAUCAGAGGCGCUGAGCAGUCACCAAGGCAACAACAAGCUGCCCGUCAGACCAGCACAAACACCAUUGGGUGUUUUGGAGUGCAGGCCACACCUCCUGGUGACUGACCGGAGAGAGCAGAGGCAGCAGGAAUCAUCGCUGCAUCGUUCACCGAGCAGCCAAUCAGGAGCCAUUAGCUCAGACGCCUUCGCACAAAGGACAGGAUGCCCCCAAUGUCCAUUACUUAUGGACAGGACAGAUAAUUUGUCUCUGCCUCUGGGUUCCGGACCUUUAGUAGAAAGUUCUUUCUCUCACUCUGUGCUCUCCAUUUUCAAUCAUCCGGCAGAUUUCCACGCUCUACAACUGCCCCAGCAGAGCCCUGCCCUCCAGACUGCAGAUGCAGCCGACGCCUCGAGGGCUGCAAAAGAACAAGGCACUGAUAAAACCAACUACCAGAGAGAAAACUGGUGUGUAUGGCAGGUGUUGUCAAGUGAAAACCCAGAAACGCUGCCAGAAAGUUUGGUCUGAUGCUCCCUUCUCUGACAAACUGAACCAUGCAYGUUUUACCAACAUUGUCUCCACUAAAGAAAACCGAAUCCUGUGUUAAUCUAAAGCUGUUCUUAUCUGAAGGAUCAUUUUGUAUGUUACCAGAUUGUAUAUUUUCUARAGUAAUUUAAUUCAGAUCAAGUAUUUGCAACUAUCAGAAACUUGUAUUUAGAYGUGAAUGUCAGAAAUACACUUGAAUGUUUUUUCUAAUAAACAUAAAUCUUUUUACUUUGGAACACAAGUUGAAACUUAUCGUAUUUUGAGAUGUUUUUUUUUACACGUACCGUGAUAGAAAAAACUUCAGUCCUUGUGACAUUUUUUUGUUUUAGAAAGUUAAAACUGGAGUUUAAGUGUUGGAAAAAAUGAGUCAUUUCACCCAAAAUGUUACAUUUAAGCACYAAUUCUUUUCUUAUUUAGAUAAUGAUUUGUGUUUUUACACAAAAGAAUAAUAAUAUGUUAUUUAUAGAGAUGAAUAUGUUUAUACAAUUUGUAAAUACAAAGUAUUUAAUGAAAAUUUACUUGUUCUACUUAAUAAACUGAGUUUGCCUCACUUUUUUUGUAAUAAAC